AUGCCUGUUAUAAUUCACAAAGUUGGGGAGCGGCUCAGCAUUGCUGGAGAGAAAUGCUCCAUUUUGUUUAUUGGCAAAAUUCACAGAUGGGAUGAUUCAAUAGCUUACGGCGUCGAAUGGGAUGAUCCCUCAAGGGGAAAGCAUUCAGGUGCUAUCGAUGGUAUAGAAUACUUCAGUACUCGUGUGUUGAACGCUGGAUCAUUCAUCAAAGUUGAGAAAAUAAUUCAAAGCAGUGAACAAAGAGUGUCUUUCACCGAAGCACUAUAUGAUAAACACCAAGGCGACUAUGGUGAACUUCCUAGCAUUUUUUUUGGUGAAAAGGUAGUGGACAUCAGCGGUUUGAAAGAAUUCCAACAGCGGCGAAACCUUGCUAAACGUAUGGCACAUCUUUCACUGACUCAUUGCAAUGUUUACACAGUGGGAAGCUUGAGAGAGUCACAAAUUUUUAGUAAAAUAAAGAGUUGCGUCUUCGAUCUAGAUUUGUCAUUUAAUUUGUUUUCGAGCUUUGACGAUGUGAUUAAAAUAGCUCAAAAUUUCCCUAUGCUAAACACCCUAGACAUCAGCGGCAAUCGUUUUCAGUUUUUACGCACCAAGCAUAUAAUAAAACUUCCCGGUGUGAAACGACUCAGGGCUCAUAAUUGUGGUUUAGAAGACAAAGAUUUGGCUUACUUAUUUGAGGUUUUCGCCUCAUUAGAAGAGCUCGAAUGUUCCGAAAAUAGGCUACAUCUGAACUCCGUUUUAAGAUUACCGGUAUCUCUGAAAGUGGUUAAUUUUACAAACAAUGGCCUUUCAUCCAUUCCUGGAAUACUGAAUGGUCUCAGUGAACUCUCGGUAAAUUUGGCCCACAAUAGAAUACGAGAGGUUCAAACGAAAUGUCUACCUCAUGUGGAAAGUCUUGAUAUCUCUUACAACUGCAUUGAUGAACAUGCGCAGAUUACGAAAAUUGAUUCAAUUUGCCCAAAUAUUAAAAAUCUGAGGGUCAAUGGCAAUCCUAUAUGGGACGCCUUAGAUGGCGACGAUAUCUUUUAUGAGAUUAUUGCAAGAAACGGCCACUUGCAGGUAGUGAAUGGUAGUAUUUUAAGUGCUGCUAUGAGAAAAGAGGCUGAAAUAUACUUCAUUAGGCAAGUCUUGACUGGGAAAAUGACUAUCGACCGCCAAUCAAGCAGUUGGGAUCGGCUUUCGAAAGUUCAUAAUAUAGUAUCUUCCGGUGAGAUUUCAGGCAAGGGUCCAGCACCGGAUGAACCUAAGCUCAAGAUUUUGAAGCUUUCCGUCAAACAAGAGAAUCAAAUUAUCGGUGAGGUAUACGCACAACCAUCGUAUUCGGUUCGAUUUCUCAAAAGUAUUGUUGCCAGACUUAUAUCGCGACGCUUGGACCAAUUUGACCUUGGAUACAUAACUGGGGAAACAAUUCAAGAAUUCAAUUUGGAAUUUUCUCCGAUUCAAGAUUACGACAUUAGAGAUGAACAAAUGCUGCGCGUAUUACCCGCGCCCACUUCGAAGAAAUGA